GACAGCGCCGAGCCGCACACAGCCAUCCAUCCUUCCCUUUCCCUUUCUCCCCCGUCCUUCCUUCUCUCCAGGCCCCCAGCUCCGCCGCCGGCCAGGGGGGCCCCGGCCGCCACCAUGAGUUCCUUCAGCUACGAGCCGUACUACUCGACCUCCUACAAGCGGCGCUAUGUGGAGACGCCCCGGGUGCACAUCUCCAGCGUGCGCAGCGGCUACAGCACCGCGCGCUCCGCUUACUCCAGCUAUUCGGCGCCUGUCUCCUCCUCGCUCUCAGUGCGCCGCAGCUACUCUUCCAGUUCCGGAUCCUUGAUGCACAGCCUGGAGAACCUCGACCUGAGCCAGGUAGCCGCCAUCAGCAACGAUCUUAAGUCCAUCCGCACUCAGGAGAAGGCGCAGCUCCAGGACCUCAACGACCGCUUUGCCAGCUUCAUCGAGCGCGUGCACGAGCUGGAGCAGCAGAACAAGGUGCUGGAAGCCGAGCUGCUGGUGCUGCGCCAGAAGCACUCCGAGCCAUCUCGCUUCCGGGCUCUAUACGAGCAGGAGAUUCGCGACCUGCGCCUGGCGGCGGAAGACGCCACCAACGAGAAGCAGGCACUCCAGGGCGAGCGCGAAGGGCUGGAGGAGACUCUGCGUAACCUGCAGGCGCGCUAUGAAGAGGAGGUGCUGAGCCGCGAGGACGCCGAGGGCCGGCUGAUGGAGGCACGCAAAGGCGCCGACGAGGCGGCGCUGGCCCGCGCUGAGCUCGAAAAGCGUAUCGACAGCCUGAUGGACGAAAUUGCUUUUCUGAAGAAAGUGCACGAAGAGGAGAUCGCCGAGCUGCAGGCGCAGAUCCAGUACGCACAGAUCUCGGUGGAGAUGGACGUGUCCUCCAAGCCCGACCUCUCCGCCGCGCUCAAGGACAUCCGCGCGCAAUAUGAGAAGCUGGCCGCCAAGAACAUGCAGAACGCCGAAGAAUGGUUCAAGAGCCGCUUCACGGUGCUGACCGAGAGCGCAGCCAAGAACACAGACGCGGUGCGCGCCGCCAAGGACGAGGUGUCCGAGAGCCGUCGCUUGCUCAAGGCCAAGACCCUGGAGAUCGAGGCGUGCCGGGGUAUGAACGAAGCCCUUGAGAAGCAGCUGCAGGAGCUGGAGGACAAGCAGAACGCCGACAUCAGUGCUAUGCAGGACACAAUCAACAAAUUAGAAAAUGAAUUGAGAACCACAAAGAGUGAAAUGGCACGUUACCUAAAAGAAUACCAAGACCUGCUCAACGUGAAGAUGGCUUUGGAUAUUGAGAUUGCAGCUUACAGGAAACUCUUGGAAGGCGAGGAGACCCGGCUCAGUUUCACCAGCGUGGGCAGCAUAACCAGUGGCUACUCCCAAAGCUCCCAGGUCUUUGGCCGAUCUGCCUAUGGAGGUCUGCAGACCAGCUCCUACUUGAUGUCCGCCCGCUCCUUCCCCUCUUACUACACCAGCCACGUCCAGGAAGAGCAGAUCGAGGUGGAGGAGACCAUUGAGGCUGCCAAAGCUGAGGAAGCCAAGGAUGAGCCACCCUCUGAAGGGGAAGCUGAAGAGGAGGAGAAGGAGAAGGAAGAGGCUGAGGAAGAGGAGGGAGCUGAAGAGGAAGAAGCUGCCAAGGAAGAAUCUGAAGACGCCAAAGAAGAAGAAGAAGGAGGAGGCGAAGGUGAAGAAGAAGAAACCAAAGAAGCUGAAGAGGAUGAGAAGAAAGAUGAAGGUGCUCGGGAGGAACAAGCAACUAAGAAGAAAGAUUGAGCCCCCUCUCCUUAAUUAUUCCAGGAAAAAUUCUCCCCAAAUCAGGUCGACCUCAUCACCAACCAACCAGUUGAGUUCCAGACCCUAUAUGAAUUAAGAAGUCAAUAUAUGUAUAAUUCUGAGAUGACUUAGGUUGGACAUUCAAUGUUGUGCUAUGAAUUUUCUCCUUAUGCAGAGUAUCUGUUUGCUUGCAGAGUGGCUUUCUGGCUUGCUGCCAGCCUGUGCAUGGUCCAUGCUUAUGAGUUCAGGAUCUACGGCAAUGUGAAUCAUUCAGAUGUUUACAAUAAAAUCACGACAUGAAUAAAUGAAUUCACUAAUGUUAAUGUUAAACUUCAUGGAAAAAUAGUCCUUUGAACCUUUGGUGGUUAGAAAUUAAAGACCUUGAGUUAUGUGCAAUAAAUAGUAAAUAAAGUUACAUUGAAUGACGUAUUUCUUGCUGUGGUUGUUGACUUAAUUAAAAUACCUUAAAGAUGGCACCAGUAUAAACCACAUACAAGUGGACUAUUGAGCUACAAUUUCUGUUUUUGUAAAAUCAAAAUUUUAACAACUCAAAUAUUUUUUUUCUUCUUUAAUUGGAAAUUCUUAGUGCUACAAUUAGGUCAUGACUAUUCAUAAAAUCUCUUCCCUCAAAAAUUUUAUUGGCAAUAAACAUGAGUAAGUAAGAGAGUCCGUAAGUAACAAUAUACUUUGCCCCAUAUGUAGACUCUAUUAUGUGAAGAAUGGCUUUCUAGGAGACAAUUCCAAAUUUAUGUGACAAGUAUAUCCUUUAUUGUCAACUAGUAUGUAAUAACACAACAUGGGUAGAAUAGGAAUUCUACAUAUUCAUCACUAUUAACAUUUUUAGUUUAAUUAUCAGGGGCAGAAGUUGAAACCUAAGCACAUGAUAUAGUCAAGAGGAAUAAUUUUUUAAAAUUAGUGUGUAAUUUAGGAAGAAGAAAGAAUACCAAAGGCCAUUUGCCAUUGGAAACAUGUUGCCUGCCAUCCUGAGCUCAUGAUUCAGUGUGUUGUUAGCUUCCUUCUAUUGCCUCAAAUAAAUAGCAUUUAAUGCCACAGGUUUUAAACCCUUUAAAAACUACAGAUACUGGUAAUGAAAUUAUUCAGUCACUUAGGGGGGGAGAUAAUAUACUUGUAUGUUGUAUUGGCAUUGUUCUGCAUGUCUUAAUUGGGAAAUACUUGGAUUCCAGUGAUAACUUAUCUGGUUGGAUGUUACAUUGAAUGCACACCCCAUCUGUCCAUGUCCACUGUAAAGUUACAAAAGCUCUUGUGCUUGCAUUUGGUGUGGAAUAGAGAUGGUAUUAUUGACUAUUUGCUGCUCUGCUUCUGUUUUUGAACAAUUGCUUUGUCAGCCAAUUUUAUUCUAUAUCUGUUUUUUAGACCUUUAAAAGUUACAAAUUUCACUUGAAACCAAAGUGGGAUACAUUUGAAGUUAUUUGAUCUCUUUGCACUAUAUCUAGUCAAACAUAUGUUACUAAACAAAUAGGUAAAAAUAUUUCUUUAUCUACCAUGAUAUGGAUGGGACCUAGAAGCCUCUUAGUACUUCAGCCUGGGUAAAGAUUAGGAGUCUCCUCAGAAACCAAGCUCUUCACAUUGAUGUUGAUGUAACAUGGGAUGAUGCAUGUGGUAAUUCUCAGACAGAUGCAAACUACAUGUCAAACAACGAGCCAAAUGGAAACAGCUGGUUGGUUUGAGAAACACUUGGUUGAAGUAAGACCAUUGUCCCAUACUCUCUCCUGUGUGCCAUAAUAAAAUAUUGA